AUGACGCGCUUACCCGCCGACGACUCGUUCUUUCCCUCGCCUGCUCUUGACACCGACCAACUCCUGAGCUCCACGGCCGGUUCCCCCAGCGCUCACGCCCCGUCCUCGGUUAUUUCACCUCUGAGUUUGCCCGGUGCUGUUCACUACUUCGACCAAGCGUCUCGCGCCUCCAUCACAAGUCAUCCGCAAGCAGGCGCAAAUCACAAGUUUCCCCUGACCAACGGAGAAACUUGUGGGCCUCCUCAGGCGCAACCGCCCAGUUUUCUCUCGCCACAUCUUACACCGAUCCCGUCCCACGCCCAGUAUCAAAUCCAGUUCCAGCGCCACCCUCAGCAACGCGCAGCCAGCCUCUCGCCCACCAGGAGGUCUUUUGCCAGAGGGAACGGUGGAAUGGACGGUCAACGCUCCUCGGAUGUGGACUUGCCAGUUAGGGGUGCCCCGGGCGUUCCCGUACCGGUAAAUACAAUAUCCGGAACUGGCUCUGGGCUCAUAACCGUUCGGAGACCCGCGAUACGGACGACAUCUACGGAGAACUCGUAUGGCGAAUCGCAGUCAUUGUCUCUGGAGGCAAGAAUGCGACUGGCUUGGGAUGAGGAGAGGAGAGCGUUGCAAGCAAACCGUGAUAGGGCAGAGGAAGUGUACAGAGACGCCAUAGAAGCGUUGAGAAGUGAGCAUGCUUCUGCGCAGUCUAAGUGGGAGGCCGAGAGGUACACCUUGCAAACUCAGAUCACGCUGCUACAAAACCGACUCAGGAAAUCCGAGGCGCGCUGGAAUGAAGCGUCUAUAAGAGGUGGCGGCUCAGACUCGAAUUCCGUCUCAUUCCAGGGCAGCUCAGCAUCACAACUGAGCCCCACUGGACAGUCAGACUCCUUUCUCUCGCUACACCACGACACCAAUUCUGCAGAUCAGAUAAUUGCCAUGGAUCACGAAACGCCCUCAAAAGUAAUUGACGUGCAGGAAUAUCACAAGGAUUUGGAGGGCAUCCACCUCAAAGUGAACGCCGUCAAAAAGGCGACUUUUACCGACACACCAUCCAGCAACGGGUCUGGGUCCAAAACAUCGAGCGGGGAUGGUUCCCCGUCUCACACUCCCGAGGAACGGCGACAGUUGGCGAGAGAGCGUUCCGUUCGCGCCCUCAAGGCUGACCCGCACUCGAGACUCACAAUCAAUGCUGGGCACACUCCAACCGUGUCCAUGUCUUUUGUUAGUACUGCUGCGACCAACACUGCCACCAGCAGCGGAUCCAACACGCCAACACUGGUCAGUGGCGACGGGGCUAUAAGCUCCGAUGGCAACGAUGGUAAUGAUGGUCGUGAGUCUAAAGAGCCCGCCGAGCCGGUCGGAACUGCCAUCGACGAUGAAGACCAUGGCCCUGCUAUCAUGGAACCUUCAGAUGAAGAUCCGGAGCUCAAGGGCCCAUUGACGCUCCGCAACAUACCUGCGAAAGAUGAAAUCUUCCUUCGGAAACUUUCAGACAAGCUUGAGAAGGUCACUCAUGGCGAGGACGCGACGCCGACCGUACUCAAAGAUGCCGAGUGUGAAAAGGGCGAGCCCAGUGCUGCUGCUGCGGCAGGUGCAGCAGAAGCAGAUGAAAGCGACUCCGAAGACGCUGAGCCGGAAAUACCCCUCAAGCUUCGGACGACCUCAAACUUCGGCAGGCCUCUCGGCUCGCUAUAA